GAGGUCGGGGCAUGAAGGCGGGAGCGGGAGGCCGUUCGCUCUUCCACGCCGCCCGCGAGCAGCCGGACCCGCGGCGGGGAGCCCGCCUGGUGUGGGCGGCCGAGAGCCGCGCCGACAGAGGAGAGAGCGCGGCGGAGGGCGGUGGGACAAACGGUGGGCGAGCGGCCCCGGAGAUCUCGGACAAGCUGCAUUGCUCGGCCUGUCAGUGUCCAUUUGACAGCAGGGAGGAGCAGACAGAGCACUACAAGCUGGACUGGCACAGGUUCAACCUGAGGCAGAGGCUGGCGGGAGCGCGGCCCGUCCCCGAGGAGGAGUUUGAGAAGAUCGCAGGCGACAUAUCCAGCCUCUCGGGCUCAGACUCGGAGGACACGAGCUCUGACAGCGAGGAUGACCUCCUGCGGUGCGGGGAGGCCCGGAAGUCCGUGCCAGAGCUGGAGUCGGAGGCGGGGGAGUGCCAGCCGGCCCGGCACAGUCAGCGCCUACUCUUCAGGAACGCCGAGGGCCAGUACCUCUCAGUCUAUCGCUGUGUUCUCCAGGGGAAGCAGGAAGCUAAAGAGGAGGAAUUGGUGACGUCGCUGCAGAAGCUGAGCAGUGAGACGAUCUGGGCUGUGCUAAUGACGGGCGGAGGCCAUUUUGCCGGAGCCAUAUUUCAAGGGAGUGAAGCUCUGCGGCACAAGACCUUCCACCGCUACACGGUCCGAGCCAAGCGAGGGACAGCGCAGAGCGUGAGGGACGGUCAGGCCCGCGGACAUGCGCCCAAGUCUGCCGGCGCAGCCCUGCGGCGACACAACGAGGCUGCCCUGGUCAAGGAUAUACAGGAGCUGAUGGAGAGCUGGUCGGAAUACCUGCAGGAGGCCAGUGCUAUCUUCCUGCGAGCUCCCAGCUACAACCGGGGGAUAUUCCACGGGGGAAAGGGGGUGCCUGGGAUGCUGAGCAAGAGCGACCCCCGCCUGCGUACCAUCCCCUUCGAUACCAGGAGAGCUACCUUCAAAGAAGUGAAGCGGGUUCACGAGACCCUCUCCAGCCUGCAGCUCUAUGGGAAAGACGCUGAUGUGGGUGAGAUCAACAGCCCGAGUAAAAGACUCUGGAAGAAAAUAGUGAAGCCCAGGGCGGAAGAAACCGACUCGGAGAAAGAGGACCAGGAGGAUUCGGAUCCCACCAACGCGCCAUGUCUCCUGGAGACCGUGGAGGAGACGCUGAGCACCGAGGGGCUGCGGGGCCUCGAGGUCUGGCCCAGACACAAACGCAGGAGACGGCGGAAGAAACCGGCAGGAGAGGGCGAGGUGGCCCCGGAUCCCCAGGAGGAGAGGGGCUGCAGGAACCCCCCUCAAGCGUCUCCAUCACUUGUGACAGACUCAGCCCCGACCGAGGAAACCAGGCAGCCAAAGAGUAAGAGACCAGUGAGUGCCCAGGAGCAAGAGUAUUACAGGCUGAGGGACGCCCUGUACACAGCCUGCAAGACUGGAGAUGUGGACUCUCUCCGCAGUUUACUGACGCACCCGUUGCCCCCCAGCGGGGCUGUUGCCCCUCACACUCAGACCCCUGAGACGGCAGAACACACAAUGGAGAGGUCGGGAGAUGUGACAAUCGGCUCAGAAUCGGGGAGCAGGAUGGAGGGCGGUGGGGAGAGUCUGCCAGAUGUGGGGCAGCCAGAUGUGGCAGCCAUGUUGAACGGGAAGCUGGACACGGCUGGAGUCACGCUGCUCCAUGUGGCGUCCGCUGCCGGUCAGCGGUCCAUCCUGCGGCUGCUGAUGGACUCCGGGUGUGAUCCCUCUGUCAGAGAUGGGAAAGGACAGCCCGCCUACGCUGUCUCCGCUGACAAGGAGACCAGAAACGAGUUUCGGAAAUACAUGGCCGAUUAUCCCGAGAAAUAUGACUACACCAGAGCCCAGGUACCCGGGCCGCUCACCGCAGAAAUCCAGUCCAAGAAAGCGGAGAAGAAGCGAGCGCAGAAGGCGGUGAAGAAACAGAAGGAGAAAGAGCAGAGGGAGGAGAGGAAGAGGAAGGAGGGAGAGGAGGACGAGAUGAAGAGAUACGCAGCACUGAGCGACCGAGAAAAGAGGGCUCUGGCUGCGGAGAAACGAUUUGCCUGUCAGCUGGCUGCAGGUGGGGGGACACUGGCUCACGGCAGGCGCUGCUGGCUGUGUGGAGUCAGUUUGUUGGGGAGAAUACCCUUCGAGUACCUGGAUUAUGCCUUCUGUUCCACCCGCUGCCUGCAGGAGCAUCGCAGGACAGGGAGACAGUGACGGGAACGUGGUGGGGGAGACGUCCCUGAGACAUCCCGGGGGGAGCUACAGGGUCCUGACUGACGCUGUGAGUGACAGCGUGGCUGGACAUCAGUGUGGGGGGGGGGGAGGGGGUAGAGCAUCACCCCUCACCACAGCCGAGACCCUCGGCACACUGCAGGGAGGGGGGAGUAAAGGGGAAACGCCAGCGUUUAAGAAUAACCAGUGGGUUCAGGGAUUGCUUGUGCUUUAACGGCUUAGAAUCUCGAGGUGGGAGUGGGGGGUGGUGGGGGGAGAAGAGAGGGGAGCCCGAGAAUGACACCCGCGACCAACUUUGGUGGGUGGUUGGGUUCAUCCAACAACAGAUCAUCAACAUUCCAACGACCAGAGUAAAGAUAAACCAGAGAGUUUGCCAACUGUUUAUGAACUGUGAUAAUGUGGUUAGUGACAUUCACUGUACGUGAGGGGAACAGCUAAGUUUGUGGUGACCUGCCCACUGUGACUGUUUAUUGAACUGAUCCAAGUUGAGUAAACAAGCUUUGAGAUACAAAA